GUGGUAUUCUAACAUUUUCGCCCUGAAACUCUAGGGGAUGGCGGAAUGGAGAUGGCCACGCCCCUCUCAGGCCCUGAUUGGCCUGCUGCUGGUGUGGGCGUGUGUGGUGGCGGGGGCGGGGGUGGGCUGCGGUGAGGCCGCGGUGACGGACGGGCGUGCGGCGCGGCGGGCUCAGGAGCGCCACCUGUGGGUUCUGUUUGAGAAGUACGGCGACGGCAACGGCAGCCUGACGGUGGGCGGCCUGAGCCUGCUGCUGCGGAGCAUGGGCGUGGACCACCUGCACACCGUCACCGUCACACACACACACCCCAACGCCAGCGCCACGCAGCAGCGACACGCACACACACACGCGCACGGCAAACACGCCGCCGCAGGCUCCGCCUCCUCCGCGACACACAGCAGGAAACAAGCGGACGCCGCCAGGACCGACGCCCACAAGUCUGACUCCUCCCACAACCUGGUGAUUGACAGCUCGGAGGGGAAGAAGAUCCAGUCGGAUUCUCAGCACAACCUCUACACCAAGAGGGGUCAGGGGUCAACCCCGCCCCCGUCCCCGCCCGCGACCACACCCCCUGGGCGGUCCAGACGCAGCGCUGAGUAUGACCUCACUCAAGACCACACCCCCACUACUCAAACCACACCCCCAACGACGCAACAUGACGACCAUGAUCAUGACCACACCCACCAACCCCUGGGCAACAACAGUCAGGAGUGUCUUAGUGCAUCCUCUUUGCUCAAGGAUCAUGGGAUGGGGUCAGAGGUCAUCUCCAUUAGUGAUUUUGGCUUCCUGUGUCCAGCACUCCUUUCUCAGAUCGACUCCCAGUCCUGCCUGCGCCAUGGUCAUGAAGAAUUGAAGAACAUUAAGACUGGGUCAGGUGAUGAAGAUCACCCAAAGAACACCAACAUUGCGGCAGCCUGGCUGGGAGGCUUCCUGUCCAUCUGCAUCAUCAGUGCUCUGGCUCUAGUGGGCGUGGUCUUGCUCCCGCUCAUCAACAGAACUUCCUUCAACUUCCUGCUCAGCUUCCUGGUAGCGCUGUCCGUGGGCACGCUCAGUGGGGACGCGUUCCUGCACCUCAUACCGCAUGCUCAGGCUCAUCACAAGCACCCCCAUCAUUCAGCCAAUGAGAGCUGGGAGGAGGAGGGCCACGGCCACGGCCACGAGGAAGAAGACUCUCUGCGCUCGGUGUGGACGGGGCUCACAGCACUGGGCGGAGUGUACAUCAUGUUUCUCAUCGAGCACUUCCUCACGCUGGGCAAGAUGUACAAGGACAAGAAACACAAGGGACAGAAGAAAUUUGAACAGAAUGAUGAAAUGUUGGAGUUGGAGAAACUUCCCACCAUUGAAGAGAAUGAUGGAAAAACACUCGACGAGGCGGAGCCAAACGGGGGCAGUGCAGGUGGGCGUGGCCAAUAUGAGGAGGAGGAGCAGGAGAUGCUAGCCACGCCCCUCCAGCAGGACACGACGGACCAAUCAUCCGACUGCCAGGACAAAUGCCACUCCCACUUCCACGACACGGUGGCCCCGCCCGCCCAGCUGCACCACCAUCACCAUGACUACCACCACAUCCUGCACCACCACCACUCCCAGAACCACCACCCACACACACACACACACCGCCACACGCAGGGCUACAGCCAGCAGCACUUCCAGCAGGCCGGCGUGGCCACGCUCGCCUGGAUGGUCAUCAUGGGGGACGGCCUGCACAACUUCAGCGACGGCCUGGCCAUAGGAGCUGCAUACACUGAGGGUCUGUCCAGUGGCCUCAGUACCUCAGUGGCCGUUUUCUGUCACGAGCUUCCGCAUGAGCUAGGUGACUUUGCCGUGCUGUUGAAGGCUGGCAUGUCGGUGAAGCAGGCGGUGAUGUAUAACGUGCUGUCGGCCAUGAUGGCGUUCCUGGGUAUGGCCCUGGGCAUCCUGAUUGGCCACUACGCUGAACACGUUGCAUCGUGGGUCUUUGCCCUCACCGCCGGCCUGUUCCUGUACGUCGCCCUAGUGGACAUGGUUCCUGAGAUGCUACACAACGACGCGAGCGAGCAGGGCUUCAGCCACUAUGGUUACUUUCUGCUGCAGAACGCCGGCAUCCUCCUGGGCUUCGGAAUCAUGCUCGCCAUCGCCGUCCUGGAGCCUCACAUCAGCCUCAACCUUUAACCCCUGUGUGUGUGUGUGUGUGUGUGUGUGUGUGUGUGUGUGUGUG